AUGGCAUCCGGUCUCUUUACUGGCAGGUCUCUGCUCCUAUUUCUCUUAUCAACUCUCCUUUCCUCUGUUUCGGCUGCAGUUCUUGGAUCAAGAGGCAACGACAAUGUGCCUCAGGGAGCACCAACAGUAACUGCAAAGAAUGGCAGUUACUAUGGCCUUUAUAAUUCAGAGUACAAUCAGGAUUUCUUCCUGGGCAUGCCCUAUACGCAGCCGCCCCUGGGUGAGUUUCGUUUGCAAGUGCCCCAGUCUUUGAACGAGACUUGGACCGGAGCAAGGGAUGCAACUGCAUACAGCCCUGAAUGCAUUGGUUAUGGUAGCGAUGACUGGGUCCUAGGAAAUAUCGUCUCAGAGGAUUGUCUGACGCUCAACGUCAUUCGGCCGAGCACUGUGAAAGCAGGGGAUAACCUGCCUGUCAUUUUCUGGAUUCAUGGUGGUGGCUAUUCCGAGGGCGGGAGCCGUGAUCCCAGAUACAACCAGUCGUUCCUCAUACAACGCUCGGUAGAGGUUGGAAAGCCCAUUAUCGGCGUCAGCAUCAAUUACAGAUUGUCAGGCUGGGGCUUCCUCUGGGGAGAAGAAGUUGCCGAAGCAGGUGUCACCAAUCUUGGUAUUCGCGAUCAACGCCUGGCGUUGCACUGGGUUCAGGAAAAUAUUGCUGCUUUUGGUGGAGAUCCAUCCAAAGUGACCAUACACGGCGAAUCGGCCGGUGCAAACUCCGUGGGCACACACCUUGUCGCCUACGGAGGUCGUGAUGAUGGUCUCUUCCGAGCUGCUAUCGCGGAAUCCGGCGGCCCAACACCAUUGAGUUACUACGUCAACGCCUCAGCCUGGGAGCCGAACUAUCAGAAAAUCGUCCAGCUGGCUAAUUGCAGCAACGCAGCCGAUACACUUGCCUGUCUGCGGACGCUGCCAACGGAACAGCUCAGCAACGUCUUCAACUCGAGUGGUGUUGUCGCAUACACGGAUCCCGUCAUUGAUGGAGAUAUCAUCACCAAGUCGACUACCGCUUUGACCAAGGAAGGGAAUUUCGUCAAAGUACCCUUCUUGAUAGGCACCAACUUCGACGAGGGCACCUCGUUCGGCAUACAGGGUAUCAACACCACUGAGGAAUUCAGGGCAUCCCUUUCGGAGAACACGCCCAUGCUCACUGAGGAAGCCAUUGAUAAAGUCGCCGAGCUAUACCCGGACAUUCCUGAGCUGGGAAUUCCUUCCACACUACACAGUCGCCCCCCUCCAGCCUCCCCUUACGGCAGACAGUGGAAACGCUCGGCUGCGUACGGUGGCGAUUUGAGGAUGCACACGGGGCGACGAAUUACAUCCCAAGCCUGGGCUAAGUAUGGCGUGCCGGCGUACACAUACCAGUUCGAUGUUCUCGUCAACGGUAAAAAUGAAUACAUUGGCAGCACACACUUCCAGGAAGUAGCCUUCGUGUUUGACAACACCAAUGGCUACGGAUAUGAGAACGCGGUUGCUGUUGAUCCGUUCGCGAACGAGCCGCCUACGUUCGACGAGCUGGCUAGCAUUAUGUCCACUGCUUGGAUUAGUUUUGUGCAUGAUAUAGACCCUAAUAGCAAUGCGUUCAGUGACAAAAGGGGCAUUAAUAAGGAAGGCUUGGAGUGGCCUGUGUAUGGCAUGGAAAAUCCGUCCAAUAUGGCGUUCAAUGUGAAUGUGUCUGGUUUGGCGUAUAUAGAGCCUGAUACAUAUCGUGGAUCUGCUAUUGCUUAUAUGGCUGACAAUUUCGAGGGAGUAUGGGGUAGGUAG